AUUGUGCUCCUCAGACCUCAGACACAGGCCUGACCUAUUGGCAGCAGUCCAGCAGCGCCAAUCUUCCAGUCCCAAGAGCCACCCUCUGCAAGGCUUUGUCUCAGGGCUCCCCAUCCAAUGCUCUGUCCCUUUAAGACACUGUUGGGGGUCACACCCAGCCCUGGGUCACUGGGCUGCUGCUCUCUUGGCCAGCGUUUGCUCCCUGGCCUUCGUGGGUUCCCACGGGGCUCUUUUCCAGGUCUGGGGCCCUUGGGGAGCAGCUUGUAAACUGAGCCCCCCCCCCCCCCCCGCAGGGCCAGCCUGGCCUCCCCAACCCAGCCUGCAUUUGUUUUCCUCUUGGCAAACAAUGAAGGGCCACACCCAGGCUCUGCCCAUCGCCAGGCAGGUGGCCUGGAGGGCCCAGUCUGCUGCAGCUGCACCUGGAGGUGGCCGUUCCCUCGCCGGUCAGAGAGCAUGAGCCGGGGCCUUCUUCAGGGGCACCACAGCCUGGCACAGGUGCAGAGCUUGCAGCAGCCAGCCUGCAGCCACCCCUCCGGACCAGAUGAGAACUGUGCUGGUGGUAGUAAGAAGGAAAGGAGAGCCCCACUGCGCAGAGGCCCUAGGCUGGAGGCCACUGUGAGGCCGGACACGCUGGGCACAGGGAGCAUCCAGGACCCCUGGCGCACCCACCUGGCCAUCCACCGUCUACGUCACUCCACCUGCUGGAAGACGCUGCCUCUUCCCACGGCUAGGCAGCCUGCCUCGGACCCAUGGGUGCCCUUGGAGGAAGGUGCCAAUGGGCGGGUCCCUCCCAAUCAGGACCCCCAGAAAGAGCCUCCUCAGCUGGUUACCCCAGCCCCUGGGGGUGCUCCUCAGGGCAUGAAGAGCCCUGCUGGUCCCGGGGGGGCGAGCCACUACCCUUUUCCAAAGAGAAAAGGCCCUCACAUCUCUGAAGCUGCCAGAAGACUGGGCCUCUACAGACCUACCUGAAGCCCUCCAGCAGAGGGAAAAGAGAAGCCCAUAGCCCCCAAGUUGUCAGGGCCGUAGACACCGAUGGUGCGGCAGAGGCCUCUCUGGUCCAGCCUCUGCGGGACCAAGGAUCCCUUCCCGGGUAAGGGGAGCUCAGUACCCCUGAGGCAGCCCUGGCCAGCUCGGCCUGCUCUUCUUCCACCGGGCUUGAAUCUCUUCUAGCCAGGGUGUAGGAGGAGAUUGGCUGGCCCAAGGCCAAGAGCAGGAAGAGGUCUCUGUGGGAGUCCCCCGGGGGCCUUUCCAGGUAGUUCUAGAGCAGAGAACCCCGGGGGCACAGGAGCUCAGUCGAGGGGGUCUGGGGAACAUUGGUGGCAAAUAACAACCGUGUCCUAUUGAAAUAUCCCCAAAGCUGCGCACCAAAUAAAGUUUU